AUGAACACCAUCGAAGAGGCGCUUGACUCGUCUGUGGACCAGCUUAGUCAGCUAGAGCUUGCGUAUUCGGUCAACUCAACGCAGACGAGACAAAUUCUAGCGAAGCGGUCCCAAUACGAGCACUUUCUUGCCCGUCGAACCUCCUCAACUGAAAGCGCUUUUUUUGCGUACGCGUCAUACGAGCUGGCUCUUGCGAGUACACUAACGUCACGAAACAAGAGACAGGACCGCAAUAAGGUCAACUCAGUCAUAUUCAGGCAUGUACGAGGGAUUCUUGCUAGAGCGGUCCGCGAGCAUGUCUGGAGUUUACGUUUGUGGCAUAUUUUCGUUCGUUUUUGCGAGGAGCAUGGCAGCAGUCGGCUCUUGUCGAGGGCGUUGGCACGGGCACUCAGAUACCACAGCACGUGUGUCGGGUUAUGGUUACGCGCCGCUGCUUUCGAGUUCCAAACAAAUCAAAAUAUGAAUGCCGCGAGAAGUUUAUUUCAUCGAGCUCUGCGAAGCUGUGAUCAAAAUCAAGAUAUUUGGAUAGCUUAUUUUCGGCUGGAAAUAAUGUAUGCGAAUAUGUUGAAAACUAGACAAGACGUGUUAAUUUCUGGAAGCCCACGGGAGAGAGGCAAUAAGUCAACGAACGAAGUAAAAUUUGAUGUUGUGCAUGGUGCAUUGGCACUAUGUGUCUUUCAAAAGGCAAUCGAGUCCCAGAAAGGCCAAAAAGAUCGUGCCUUUACUAUGAUGAGGAUGUUUGCUGUCGCCACGGAUCUGCAUAGUCCGAGUCGAUUACUCAAGCAUAUGAGACUAUCAGAUGAAUCAUCAACGUCUGUUGCGGCGGUGUUUUUGAACGAUGCAAGCAGUCAUAACAUUCAAAGCUUCAGCAGUUUGCACAUGUUCCUGAAGUUACGCGACCACCACAAAACGAUAUUUCGACAAAUUCGAAACUCGAGUCUCAACACUACGAAAUUUAACUACCUUGCUGAGGCGUGGACAGAUCCAUCAUUUCUCAUAAAUGGAGUUAGUCGGCGAGAUAAUGUCGCUAUACUUGUUGCAAGGCAGGGUACACUUGACAGUUAUUUGUGCUAUGUGUACAAUAGACAGCUCAAGCUAGCAAUGGAGGUGAACGUACUUUCUCGAGAGCAGGACUAUCUUCACAAAGGAGGGACCUUCCGCGCGCUGAAUUGUCUGAGUGAUGACAGCUUCCAGAGUUGA